AUGAAACGCGCCAUCCUCACCACCAGCCUGUCACUGCUGCUCGUCGUGUCCCUGGGCUACUCGUACGUCUCGUGGGUGCUCACGGCCCGCGACCUGCCGCGCAUCGCCACCGCACGCUCCGUCGAGGCGCGCGAAUCGCAGCGGUGGGUGUUCGUGGGCGACGUCCACGGCAUGUACGAUGAGUUCGAGCAGCUUCUGCGCCAAGUGGGCGCGGCGGGCUUCGAAGUCGACGCGACGUUAAACGUCGCGUCGCCACCGCCCCAGGUCGUGCUUCUUGGCGACUUCAUCUCCAAGGGCCCACAUUCCGCCAAAGUGCUCGAGUACCUGUUCGCGCACCUCGACUCCACGCACUGCGUGCUCGGCAACCACGAGGUCAACGUGCUGUUUGCAUGGCUCAACGCCCACGAGUCCCGUCCCGGCCGUCGCCAUUACAACCCGGUCGCAUUCUCCACGGAGGACUACGUGCCCCCGGUCGAGGACGUCAACGCGCACCACCACCGGCUCGCGCGCCAAUUGGGACACCGCGCGCUCUCGCAGCUCGCUGCGCACUGUUCCGCCUCGCUGCGCGUCCAGCUCGCCCCAGGAGACGACGCCCCGGAAGGCAAGGCCCCAAGAGACAGCGCCCUCUACGGCGUGCACGCAGGCCUGCUGCCCGAGCACCUCGACCUGGAGUCUGCGCCGCUCAAGGAGCUCACCAACAUGAAGUACGUGGACAAACGCGACCACUCGCACACUUCCAAGACCCCCAUCAAGCACGGCGUGCCCUGGUACAAACUGUGGGACGCGCUGCCCGCAUCCGCCCCCACCGUGCUCUACGGCCACGACGCCAAGACCGGCCACAACAUCCGCCGCCACACCAAGGGCCUCGACACCGGCUGCUUCGCAGGCGACCGCCUCACGGCCCUCGAGUACUACUUCCACAAGGGCCGCUGGCGCACACGCGAGCACCACGUCCUGUGCCGUGCGCCCUAG